AUGUACGAGGAAUUAGUUGCACAUCAUCUUGUCAAAAGAGAACCAAAGCCUAAGAAGAAAUCAGCAGCAGCAGCCUCCUCAACGACUUCCAGCAACGCUAGUAGUAAUAAUGCUACCAACAACGAUGUGGACCAUGUCGAAGAAUCACCACUAUCCACCCUUCGAUUCUUGGUGUUCAAGAAUUAUGCAUCAAUCCUAAAAGACGACUACAUGACAGGGCAAGAGCAACAAAACGCAGCUAUUGCAGACAAAGCGCUUUACAACUAUCUCCAAGCAGUGAAGAUUGAUCCAACGGAUUAUUCGCUCUGGUAUUAUAUCGGCUAUCUUUCUCAAAAACUACACAAACUUCGAUUUGCCAGACUUGCUUAUGAAACUGGAUUUUACAUGUCUGAUCAAGAACGAACAUUGAAACUGCCCACUAUACGUCCCAACGAUGCUAUUCGCAUUGUGAAAGGAGGCAAAUUCACAAUAAUGCAAUGGAGAUGUCUGGAGAAUCUGUGUCAAGUGCUGUACGACAUUGGCGACUAUCGAUUAUGUACAUUUUAUUUGGAUCUUGUUUUGAAAAGAAAUGCGCAUUGGGAAGCAGGCUUACAGCUCAAGCAGCAGCUGAAUGACAGUAAGCUGCCGUCAGCAGAAAUAGGUGCUUGGGGUGCUGAAGCAAUGGAGACAGACUGCAAGGACAGAAAUCCCAUCACAAUUCACCUGGAAAAAUCAGAUUGGAUUUUGUUGAUCAAAUCACUCUUGGAUGAACACAAACGCUUGGUUUACAAGGAUGCUGCAAAUAGCAACACAUUGAAGACAGCGACGGGCGUGAAUGCUACAGAAGCAGAGCAGCCAGAGGAGGAUUUUUUUAUCAGCCAUGCUAUAAUGAUCCAUGUGAACGAUAAAGAAGAAAAAGGCGAAGACGAGGGAAAAGAGGAGAGACAACAAGCAGUCGAUAAUCCAUCACAGCAAGCUUCAGAAGCUGUAGCUGCGAUACCAGAGCCAGCCAUUAUACUGGAAAAGCCGGUAGGUCAGGAACAACUGCCAAAAGAGCCAACCAUCAUACUUGAAAGGCCAGUCAACGAUGAGAGCGAUAGUACGAGUGCGAUGGAUGUCGAUGCUAUCCAAGAGCUUGUAGUGUCGGUAGAAAGACCAGAUGCUUCAAUGGUUGAAGAACCUUCGGUCGUGUUAGAGUCAACUGCCAAUGCUGGCUCUGGAGAGCUUGUGGAUCAGAAUACAGCCACUGAACAGCCAGUAGCAGCAACAGCAGCAUCAGCGACAAAUGAUCAAGUCAGGACUGAUCCACAAGCGGAAUCCAGUCGACCCAACGCAAUCGCCAUUUCUGAUUUAUUGUCCCAGUCUGCCAGUGUACCGAUGCCGUUAUUGACCCUUUUGCCCAACCCAACAGCAACAAAGCCUAUUGUGAUUGAAUCCAUACCUGAUAUCAGCAAUGAUGCUGAAAUGACAGAUGCUACCCAUGCGAUUCCAUUAAAACGUAAAAGAGACGAUCGCGGCGACGAUGAUUCAGCGUCUCAAACAGACACAACCCAUGAGAAUGUUGGCGGCCGUGAUGAAAAUGAUGGGGAGGAUGGGGAAAACGAGGAAGACGAAGAGGAGGAAGAUGAAGCCGAAGAAAAGAGACUAUCGCUGAGGUAA